AUGGCGGACGAGGGAGCUGUAACGGUCUGCGUGCGUGUGCGGCCGCUCAUCGCCAGGGAAAAUGCCCUGGAAGAUAAACCGUCACUCUACUGGAAAAGUGAAAACAAUACUAUUACAGAAGUGAAUGGUACAAAGGUCUUCAACUAUGAUCGUGUCUUUCACUCAAGUGAUAACACUCAACAACUGUAUCAAGGUGUAGCUGUUCCAAUUGUGCAAUCAGCAGUACAGGGCUACAAUGGCACAAUUUUUGCCUAUGGGCAGACUGCUUCAGGGAAGACAUAUACAAUGAUGGGAAAUGAUGAUUCUGUGGGCAUUAUUCCUAAGGCAAUUCAGCAUGUUUUCAAAAUUAUUUGUGAGAUUCCAGAUAGGGAAUUUUUGCUGAGAGUUUCUUAUAUGGAAAUCUACAAUGAAACUAUUACAGAUCUGCUUUGUGAUAUCAGGAAGAAAAAACCUCUAGGAAUUCGUGAGGAUGUUAAUAGGAAUACGUAUGUAGAAGAUCUCAUUGAAGAGGUGGUAGUUUCCCCAGAGCAAGUUAUGGAAUGGAUCAGAAAAGGAGAAAAGAACCGACACUAUGGAGAAACAAAAAUGAAUGAGCACAGCAGCCGUUCUCACACUAUCUUCAGAAUGAUCAUAGAGAGCAGAGAAAGAAGUGACCCUGCAAAUGCAAACUGUGACGGAGCAGUAAUGGUAUCUCAUUUGAAUUUGGUAGAUCUGGCAGGGAGUGAAAGAGCUAGUCAAACAGGAUCUGAAGGUCUCCGAUUGAAAGAAGGCUGCAAUAUAAACCGAAGCUUGUUCAUUCUGGGUCAAGUAAUCAAGAAACUUUGUGAUGACCCUUCUGGUUUCAUAAAUUACAGAGACAGCAAGCUAACUCGAAUUCUGCAGAACUCCCUGGGAGGAAAUGCUAAGACAGUUAUUAUUUGUACAAUUACUCCUGUUUCUUUUGAUGAAACACUCAGCACUCUCCAGUUUGCCAAUACAGCCAAGAGAAUGAAAAACACUCCAAAAGUCAAUGAAGUACUCGAUGAUGAUGCUCUUUUGAAGAGAUAUCGCAAAGAAAUUCUGGAUUUGAAAAAGCAGCUAGAGGAAGUUUCCUCAAAGACUCAAAUCCAUGCAAUGGAAAAAGAUCAAUUAGCACAACUGUUGGAAGAAAAAAAUUCUCUUCAAAAAGUACAAGAGGAUAGGAUACGAAACUUAACUGAAAUGCUAGUGACUUCUGCCUCAUUUUCUUCAAAUCAGAAUGCUAAAGCCAAAAGAAGAAGAAGAGUUACCUGGGCUCCUGGUAAAAUAAACCAGGAGAAUGUGAGCUAUUUUGAAGACUUUGAAAAGCUAAAACCAACUGAAAAAAAAAUGAAAUUGUCUCUAUCAGCAUUACCGGACAUGGAGGACUCUACAAUUUCAGAGAAUUUUGAAAAUGAUAACCAGUGGGUAACUGUUCCUGAUCAAACUUCUGAAGAAGAAUGGACUGCUGGACAAAAUAUGAACUGGACUCAUAGAGACUUUGAAGAAUCUGUACAACUCUGUGAAGCGUUGGCACUAGAAAAGGAUAUUGCUUUAAAUGAGAUGAAUGCCCUCCAGGCCAACUUUAAUAACCUAGUGUUGGAAAAUGAACAGCUAAAAUCAGAAGUAAAUGAAUUGAAGGAAAAACUGAAGGACAAAAUAGAAAUGGAUGAAUUUGAAGCACUGGAAAAACAAACACAAAAAGAUCAUGAGGGAGAAAUAACAUCUAAAUUAGAACAGCUGAAAGAGAAAGAGAAUAAAAUAAAGAUGUUACAGAAUCGUGUGGAAGAACUGCAGAAAGCAGAAGUGGAAAAAAAGGAUGCAUCUUUUUCAGUGAGAGAUUCUGAUAAACUAAUUGAGGAAAUUGAGCAACUGAAGAAAUCACUGCUUGAUAGUGAAAUGAUAACUUUGGAUGCAAAGAAAGAAUCUGCCUUCCUCAGAACUGAAAAUUCUGAACUGAAAGAGAAGAUGAAUGAACUCCAAGAUACAUAUCAGCAGAUGCAAAAGGAUGUUCAAGUCUAUCAAAGUCAAAUAGAAGCAGGAAAAGCCAGUUACAAAAAAAUGCAAGCUGACUUGCAGAAAGAGUUGCAGUCUGUCUUUCAAGAAAACACAAGGCUGACCUCGCUGAUGGAGGGUAAAAUUCCUAAAGAUUUGCGCUCUCUUGUGGAGCUGGAAAAAAAUGCAGGUGACUUAAGAACAGAGCUAGAAAAAGCACUAGAAGAGAAUGCGCGUCUACAAAAACAAGUAAAUGAGCUGUCAGAGUUGCAAUCUUUGCCAAAUACAGUUGAGUUGCAACAAAAGGAGUUACUUGAAAAAUCUGAGGAGCUAUGCUUAUUGAAACUGGAGAGAGAAAAGCUGCUUUUAGAAGUAGCUGAUAAGGAAGUUGAAUUCAAACAUAUGGCUGAAGAAAUUGAAAAAUCAAAAGAAGAUGUAACAGGUGCACAGCUCAAGUAUGUAAAAUCUGAUCAGGAGUAUGUAGCACUUAAACAACUCCAUGAAGAACUGGAGCAAAAAUAUGUGGCUACAUCAGAAGAUAAUGAACAAAUGAAGCUCCAAAUAGAAUUUCUAUCUAAGGAAGUACAAGAGUCUAAAACAACUUUGGAUGAUGUGAAAUUAGAGCUUUCCAGGAAAAUGAAAGAAUUAGAAGAAAAGAGAGCAGAGCUCAAGGAGCUUGACCAAGUAAAAGAAGAUCUUAUUCAGACUCAGCAGAGGUUAAAUGAAAUGGAGCAACUGAAAGAGCAAAGAAAGAUUACAGAGUCUAGAUUGGAAGCCAAGGAUUCAGAGAUUCAGGCAGUUCUUCAGCAGCUCAGUAAAUGUCAGGAAGAAGUAGAGAGUCUUGCCCAGGAGAGGGAUUCCCUAAAGCAAAAAGUAGAGAUCCUCCAAGCAGAGACAGAUCAACUCAAAGAAGAUAUAAAGGAGACUGUUUCAACGAAUAUUCUGGCACAUGAAGAACUGAGAAAUACACAGAAUUCUCUCAAGAAAUCCCAGGACAUGAUUAAGAAACUAGAGAAAAAUAUUUCUGAGAAAGAAUCUGAAAUUCUGAACAUUGAUGAGAUGCUAAGGAAAACUGUUAAUGAACUUGAAAUACAGUUAUCACAAAAGACUGAAGAAAUAAAAACCAUCACAUCAGAGCAAGACCAGUUUGUGGAAGGAAAAUUGGAAAGAGCUAAAAACAAAGCAAGUGAUCAACUUCAGGUGCUAAAGGAACAAAUCUCUUUGCUUAUGCAAGAAAACAAUUCCUUGCAGAAUGAACUGGACAGCCUACAUAUGAAACAGAAAGAGUAUGAGGAGGAUGCUUUGGUAAAUAUUAUUCGGGAAAAAACUAUUGAGCAAGAAUUAUCACGCUUGGGAGAAGAACUGAUCCAGGCACGCAGCAAGUUAUGUGAAAUGGAAGAAAUGAAAACCAGUGAAUGUCAAAGGGAAUCUGAGAAGAUGGGGAGGAUAGAUUUUAUUCCAAAACUACAUAACUGUCAGGAAGUGAGUACUCUGACAGAUGGAGAUGAUGAUCUCAAAGUUCAACUGGAUAAUCUCCAAAAGGAGAGAGACCAGCUCACGGAAACCAUACAGGAGAAAAUUAACUUGAAUUCAGAGAUGCAGGAAGAGUUGAGAUGUGCUCAUAACUCUCUCAAGGAAUAUCAGGAGACAAUUGCAGAGCUGAAAGGAAGCAUUUCAGAGAAAGAAAGUCAAUUCCUAGUAGUGCAAGAAGCAUCGAGGAAAGCAACUGAUGAACUGAAACAGCAGCUCACAGAAGUAACUGAAAACCUGUCUCGUGCCUCUUCUGAAUAUGGCAAGCUACUGUCAGAAAAAGAGCAAAGUGAACAAACAAUGAAGGAGUGUAUUUCUGAGCAACUCGACAAAAUUACUUCUCUCAAUCAAGAGAGAGAUCAACUACAGCAAAUUGUAGAAAACCUGAAAGUAGAAAGAGAUCAGUUGGAGGCCAAUUUUCACAAAAGCAAAGAGAAAUCCAUACAAACUCAGGCAGAAAUGGAGAAUCUACAGGAAGAACUAAGACACCAGAAAGAGCAAACUGAUCUCCAGAAGAUGAUGCUAACAGAAGGAGAAGAGAAACUGCAGAACACUGAGAAAAAGCUAACAGAAGAAAUAGAUGAGCUGAAAAAAAAGGUAGAUAAGUUGAAUCAAGAAUUAAACUUGGUAACUAAGGAAAAACACCAGCUCCUGGAUGAAGUGCAACAAAAGACUGAGAGUGACAGUAGUAAAUUUCAAGAGCUGGAGAAGCAGAGUUGCAUCUUAGCACAGGAGAGAGACAAGCUCCAGCAAAUGCUGGAAGGUAUUCGGACAGAAAAGGACAAACUGGAGGUCAACCUACAUGAGAGUAUUGAGAAGAUCCUUGAAACUGAAAAGGAAUUGAAACAACAACAAGAACUACUCAACAAUGAGAAAAGCAAAGCUGAAGAAAGAGAAGAACAACUGUUUAAGGUUCAGAGGCGCUCAGAAAUUCUAGAGGACAGCCUAACAAACAAGAUCCAGCAGUUAACUGAGACACUAAAUACUGUAUCAUGUGAAAAAGACAAGUUAUUGGCUGAAAGAACUCAUCAUGAUUUCCAGCUUCAAGAAGAGAUCUCAUUAAUCAAUAAAGAAAAAGAUGAGCUACAGAAACUUCUUCAGGAAGUCAAGUCUGAGCGGGACCAGCUCAAGAUAGAAUUGCAAAAAAAUUCCGAGAUGGUCAUAGAAACAAAUGCCAAACUAGACUGUGCUCUGAACCAAUUGAAACAAAAAAACCUGCAUGACCUAUCAGUUCAAGUGAACACCUUUGAUAAUGCAGAAGAGAUGUGUGAUGGCAGCCUGGAGGAAAAAAAAAUGAAAAUUAAGGAGCUUCUUGAGAAAUUUCCAGCCAUGGGGAAGAGAUAUGAAUGUCUCUCUACAUUGUCUUGUAAUCUAAAGAAUGAACUAAAUAGUCUGAAAGUACUGAUAGCUGGGAUACUGACUCAGCUUCCAUCGGAGCAGACUAAGCAAGUCAAGAGGCUUCAGACUGAAAAUGAGAAAAUAAAUGGUCAUCUGCAGAGUUUACUAAACAAAUUGAAGUUUCUUUUUGGUCGAGUUUGCUCGAAGAAGGGAGACUAUCAUACCAAUGUUAACAAGUAUGAAAUGGAAUUGCUUGAGGAAAAGAGAAAGCAAGAUGAGCUUCAAACUCAAAUUCAGUGUCUCAAGAAGUCUCGGUCGAACCAUCAAGAAAUAUCUUCUCAAGACUUAAACGUCCCUGAAUUGCCCCAGAAUUUGCGCUUGGAUGCAGAGGAUGUUCUUAAAGAUGUAUCAGAAAUGGAAAGUGAACUCCUCUGCAUAGAGGCAGAGUUACAGCAUGAAGAAAGUGCUAGAAAAGAAAUGAUGCAAUUUUGGGAAGCCUUUUCAGGAGCUCACCACGAUGCAGAGAAACUUAAAGAUGGGUUAAAGAAAGACAAUGAAAAGCUUUUACAAUUCAUUAAUUUCUGGACUCCUAAAGUAAAGGUACUCCUUCAGCUUUCUUCAGAACUGGAUGCUAGAUCUGCCGAUUAUUGUAAAAGAGCUGAUGCUGAAUGUAAACUAAGAAAAGAGAAAACAAAAAAAUUGCUUCAGGAACUGAACGAUACUAAAGAACAACUGGCACCUGGUGCCUCUGCCAGUCUGGUCUUAGAAGAGGAAAACUAUAGACUUCAUAACAAAUUGAAGGCUACAGAACAAGAUAUAAAGGCUAUGGAACUAAAAAUCCAAAAGCUGGAAAAUGUAAUAAAUGAAGCAGGAAAAAAUCUCCAAGAGAAGGAUGACAGGAUAAACAAGUUGCAAGAACAGAUAAGAAGGAAAACGGCUACAAGUGAGCUCACUCAACUUCAGACCAUACUAAAUGAGACUGAGAAGCGUCUCAGAAAUGCCUUAACAGAGAAUCAGAGUCUCCAGGUAAAGCUAGAUAAAGGUGCUGAGCUGUAUAAAGACGAAAUUGAUCAUCUCAAAAUGCAGUUGGUAAAAUAUGAUAUGGAAAGAAUGAAACAAUCCAACUCCUUUGAUAAGAAACUUGCUAACUAUAAAGUUAUUGUGGCAGACCAGGAAGAACAGCUGAGAAAACUAAAAGAAGAACUUCGAAGAGCACAGCAAGAGCAAGACGUUACAGUGGUGUCAGAAAAAGAAGCUCCUCAGCAACCGCAAAUGCCUCUUACUUGUGGUGGUGGCAGUGGCAUUGUGCAGAGCACACAAAUGCUUGUUUUAAAAUCUGAACAAGCUAAACUGCAGAAAGAAAACUUGCAGCUGAAAAAACAAAAUGAUCUCCUGAUAAGUAAUGAGCUUCAACUGAAAGAAGAACUUAGAAAAUGGAAAGAAAGAGCACUAAAACUAAAAGAACGAUUCUCAAGAGAAACUACUCAGGAGACAAUCCCAAGGUCUCCAAGGAAAGUGGUACAAAUUAGCUCUCUUAAAGAGCAAAUGCCUUCUCCCACCAAGGAACCUCGCUCUCAGGAAACUGUGACACGGGAUACACCAAAGUCUCUGCCACUGACUUACCCAACAGGUUUCUUUGAUAAUUCCAACUUAGUUGCACCAACAGGUACACCACCUGCAGGAAUUGAGCCUACAGAAGAACACCUUAGGCAGUGGUUUGGAACUUCAGGAGGAGAUAAAGCACCUGAUUGUACCACCCAAUAAAGGUGUUGUCUGUAAGCUGUCUACAGUGGAACAGCUGGAACCUGCAUACACAGAAAAUGACUGCUUCAGGU